AUGGUUGUGGCAGUGGUUGUGGUUGUUAUGGUGGUGGUGGCAACUCUGGUGGUGGCGGUCAUGGUCGUGGUCGUGGUAGUGGUUGUGGUUGGUUAUGUUGUUGGUGGCAUCUGUGCGUGUGGCGGCGACUGUGGCAGUGGUUAUGGUGGUGGUGGCGGUGGUAGUGGUGGUGGUGGUUUAGGUUGUGGUGGCGGAGGCGGUGACGAUGGUGGUGAUGGUGGUUGUGGUGGCACCUGCUCUUGCUGCGCAACGGCUCUCCUACGCCGCCUUCGGGGUGCUGCCCCCGCUGCACCUGCUGCUCCAGCAACAGCACAAAACUGGUGGAAGUAUGCCGCAUCAAUGGCAUUCCUGAGUCUCUCAAAUGGGGUGAUAUCUGAGAUGUGGGAGCACGGUUGGAUGUUGGAAUGUGUGAACGCCAUCCAGUAUCUGGCCAAUGGUGUCAUAUCCAACCGUCGAAUGUUCACCGGUGCACCGCUAGCUUCUGGUGGUCGUGGUAGUUGCGGUUGUCGUUGGGGUGUUAGUGGUGGUGGUGGUAGUUCUGGUGGUCGUGGUAGUUGCGGUUGUCGUUGGGGUGUUAGUGGUGGUGGUGAUGCUGGUGGUUAUCGUGGCGGAGGCGGUUUUGGUUGUUGUGGUGGUGGAGGUGGUGGUGAUGGUGGUGAUGGUGGUUUUAGUGGUGGUGGGUGUGGUGCUGGUGGUGGCAGCAUCGGCAAUGGUGGUGGUUGUUAUGGUGGUGGUGAUGGUGGUGGUUGUUAUGGUGGUAGUGGUGGUGGGGGCGGCGAUUGCGGCAACGAUGAUGAUGGUUGUGGUGUUUGUGGUGGCGGCGGUGGUGGUUGUGGUGGUUGGAGUCGUUGUAGUUAG